AUGAUUGUGAUUGCAACUGCUAUCUUGAAAACUAUCUAUGCAAUAUUUAUGUGCAGUACAUCAAAAGAGAUUUCAGAUCUUGAGGGAGAGCUACUUUCCAUGAGAAAUCUUCUAUCCACCCAGGCUGCUUUGGUUCAUGGUUUAGCAGAAGGAUGUCAGCUUAGUUCCUUGAUUACUGGAAACGAAGAUUCAGACAUUAAUGAUAUACUAAAUGAAAAAACAGAUAUAUCCAAGACAGAAAAAUGGCUAAUAAAAUUUCUAGAAACUAUUGAAGUUCUAUUAGCAGAGAAAAGAGUGGAUGAAGCAAUGGCUGCCUUGGAUGAGGGAGAAAAAAUGAGAGAAGAAAUUAGUAAAGGGAAAACAUUGAGUCCAAGUUUAUCCCAGGCAUUGCAAGAUGCCAUCACUGAAAACAGACAAAAAUUAGCUGAUCAAUUAGCAGAAACUAUCUGCCAGCCAUCAACUCGCAGUGCAGAGAUUCGCUCAACAGCAUUGGCAUUGAAAAAUCUUGGGGAUGGUCCUCGUGCUCAUACAUUACUACUUAAUUCUCACCAAGAAAAGUUGAAGCGUAGCAUGCAAAGUCUUCAGUCCACCACUUAUAGUGUAGUUGGGGCAUACACUGCUACCCUUUCACAGCUUGUCUUUUCAACCAUUUCACAAGCAGCAUCAGAUUCUUUGACAGUGUUUGCUGAAGAUGAACCUGCAUAUACUUCUGAGCUUGUAACUUGGGCAGUUACACAGGCUGAACAUUUUGCUCUUCUACUUAAGAAACGCAUUCUUGCCUCAACGGCUGCUGCAGGAGGUCUAAGAGUUGCAUCUGAAUGUGUUCAUGUUUGUUUGAGUCACUGUUAUCAGUUAGAGGCAAGUGGGCUGGCCCUUUCCCCAGUCUUACUAAGAUAUUUUAGGCCCUUUGUUGAGCAAGCACUCAACACAAAUUUGAAAAGAAUUGAACAAAGUAGUGCUGCAUUGGCUGCUGCAGAUGAUUGGUUGCUUGCUUAUGCACCAACCAGCAGGAAUUCAGGCCUUCCACCAUCCUCUUCUCAUAGCAACUUAAGUUCAUUCCAGUCAAAGCUUUCAAGCAGUGCUCACAAAUUCAACUCAAUGGUUCAGGAACUUUUCGAAGAUGUAGGACCUCUUGAAAUCCUACAAUUGGAUGGUCUUGCAUUUGAAGGUCUUCUACAAGUGUUCAACUUCUAUGUCAAUUUGCUAGUAAAUGCAUUGCCAGGUUCAGUGGUAACUGAGAACCUGGAAGGUUCAGGGCAAAAAAUUGUUAAGAUUGCUGAGACUGAAGCACAACAGAUAGCAUUGCUGGCUAAUGCAAUAUUGCUAGCAGACGAGCUUCUCCCACGUGCUGUAGUCAAGCUUUCACAUAGCACUCGAGGUGAUGACUCUCAGAGAAGAGGAUCAGACAAACAACGUCCUCCAGAACAGCGUGAACUGAAGAAAAGACUCCAACGUGAAGUUGAUCGCCUCAGAGAUAGCUUCUGCCGGCAACAUGCACUUGAACUCAUCUUCACAGAAGAUGGGGAAACACUUUUGAAUGCAUUAAUAUAUUUAGGUUUGGAUGAGAAAGUUGAGCAACCUGAAUGGUUUCCUUCUCCAAUUUUUCAGGAGCUUUUUGCAAAGCUUACUAGAGUGGCAAGCAUUGCAACAGAUGUGUUGGUGGGAAGGGAAAGGUUUGCCACUAUUUUAUUGAUGAGACUCGCAGAAACCGUGAUCCUGUGGCUUUCUGAUGACCAAGCCUUCUGGGACGAGGUUGAGACUGGCCCAACGCCUUUGGGUCCUCUCGGCCUUCAACAGCUUUAUUUAGAUAUGCAAUUUGUGAUGAUAUUUUCAGCCCAAGGCCGUUACUUAUCUCGUCAUCUGCAUCAAGCUAUUAAAAACAUUAUUGGUAGGGCUAUUGAUGCUGUUGCUGCUACAGGGCUAGAUCCCAACAGUGUUUUGCCACAGGAUGAGUGGUUUGUUGAAGUUUCCGAAAUAGCUAUAAAGAUGUUAACUGGGAAAGCCGCCUUUGACAAUGUAGAAGAUGAUGUUACUAGCCCCACAGCAUUCGUCUAAGCAUUAUCAAUGUCAUCAGUCCAUUCUAUUGGAAGGAGUUACAGUUCAUCCACUUGUAAAUCUUGGCAUAUUGUAGAGAGAAGAAGGGAAAGAAGAAAUUGAAGAGAAACAGUUACAUAUUGAUCAUCUAUCCUGCUACUUGAUCAGUCAGCUGAAUAUGAUAUUUGGUGCUUGUUAUUUGACAUGCUUUUCCGGGUUCAAGGAAUGUCUUUCACUUCAAACUUGUGUAGAUGAAUUGCAUUUUAUCUGUGUACAUUCCAAUGCCGCUCAUGUCAUACAAUGCAGGUAUGCUAAAGGAUGCAGGAAAUCGAGAUAUGAUGUUAAUCAGAACAUACUAUCCAGCGAACCUUGGUUGAUAUUAGCAACCUAGUAUACUUGAGAUCUCGAGGAUUUCUAGAACUCAACUGCUGCCAGGGGCAGGUUCUGGAUUUAUUGUAGCUAUUUGUAUAUUCCUCUUUCUAUUAUAACCAUAGCCAGUUGAUUAUUUUAAGAUAUCUCAGACAUUGCUAUUACCUUUAUCAAAUUUCCGGCCUACUUAGUCAUAA